CGUCUCAUUGGCUGAGUGUGAGAUCUCAGAGUCGCAUCUCCAGCAGCUUCACUGUUUUCCUCCUUACUACUAGGACCACGACAGACAGGCAUGCUCGGUACCGGCAAUUCUCGGGAAGCUUCUCGCGGCGACGGCGCCAGACUACGCGGCGAGACCGAGAGGAAGCGUUUAUCUCUGCGAAUCACACAGGAAGAAGGACGCAAGUGUCAUCGCUUUUGCAACCAUAGUGGUGGAGGACUGGGAGGACUGAAGAUGGAGAGAAAUCACCAACAGCAGACUGAGAUAGAAGAAAAUGCUGUGCUACAACAGGAGCAGCAGCUGCUAAAAGAGAAGAAGGCCAUAAUAAUUCAGAGGGCAUGGCGUACCUGGUGGGAGCGCAAACAAGGCUGGCAGGAGGAGCCGAAGAUCCUCAUGAAUCAUUUUGAGUUGGUGUCACAGGAAAAUGCCCUUCCCGCUGACCUUCCUGCUGGAGCGCUGGGUCAAAACCUCACACUGGUCAAGCUGAAGACACUGCAAACCAUGAAGAUUAUCACUGAUGGAGGAUACCCAUUGCAAAACACCCAGCCUGCUUGGCAAGACUUCCUGCAAGGACAAGAUAUCCUGGAGAAACGAAGCCCUUCCCCUCUCUCACUCUCUUCCUCAGACAAGAUGAGUACUUCAGUGAGCAUGACCACUCUAUCAGAUGGCUGCACUCCUGAUGAAGGCCGUAAGAAUCAUCGCUUCUAUGAUCACAGUGGUGAUGGCCUGGAAGGAUUCAAGAUGGAGAGAAACCCACCAUCCCGAACUGAGGAAGACGAUAAUGCUGCCCAUCUACAGGAGCAACAUCUGCUUAUGGAGAAGGCCUUAUUAAUUCAGAGGGCCUGGCGAACUUUGCUGGAGCGGAAACAAGGCUGGCAGGAAGAGCCAAAGAACCGCAUCAAUCAUUUUGAGUUGGUGUCACAGGAAGAUGCUCUUCCCACUGACCUGCCUACUGGAGAGCUGGGUCAAAACCUCACACUGGACAAGCUUAAGACCCUGCAGAACAUCACCGAUGGAGGAUAUCCACUGCAGAACAUCCAGCACGCCUGGGGGGACUUCCUGCAGAGACAACAUAUCAUGGAAAAGAGGAGCCCGUCCCCGCCGUCCCUCUCUUCUUCAGACAAGAUGAGCACUUCGAUCAGCAUGACCACCCUGUCUGAUGGCAGCACCCCUGAUUACCGGGAGGACGGUAUGGACUUGGCGAGCGAUGCUUCAAGCCGCUCAGGCUCCGAGUCCAACUCGAACUCCAACAAGGUGACCCCAUGCUCAGAAUGCAAGUCGUCACCGAGCCUGGAGCUGGCCGCCCUGGACGACUACGAUGAGGAGGACGAGGAAUUCCAGCAGUAUAAGAAGCACGUCAUCGAGGACUGGGAAAGCGAAUACGAUGCUGACAACCAGAAUGGCCAGGACAGAACCUUGCGGAAGGCAGUCAACGGCCGCAGCCUGGCCGAGGAGAUCCAGGAAGUCAAGAGUUCACCCGCCACUGCUUCCGAAGAACUCAAACAGAAUGGUAACCUGGUCCUGUCCAGGAAGCCCCAGUCUAAGGCCGUUCCCAAGAGCCCUGGUACAGGCGGAGGUGGUGGUGGUAGUAGUAGUGGUGGAGGCGGACUAGGAGUUGGAGGUACAGAGUUCGAAGGGUGCUAUCGCAUCGGGGGUUACAGAGAGGACAGUGUGUUGGAGGAGAGUCAGCUUCCCACCAUGGACUGGGCGGCGCUCGAGAGGCACCUCGCUGGAUUGCAGUUCAGGGAGCAGCAGGAGAGCCACAACAGAAACCUGGGAAGGACAAACUCCAUGAACGCCCAAAAAAAUGAGCGAGAGUCCAUCAGACAGAAGCUGGCACUGGGGAGUUUCUUCGACGAUGGACCUGGAAUUUAUACCAGCUGCAGCAAGAGUGGCAAGCCCAGCCUGUCCUCACGACUACAGAGUGGUAUGAACCUGCAGAUCUGCUUUGUUAAUGACAGUGGGAGUGACAAAGACAGUGAUGCAGAUGACAGCAAGACAGAGACCAGCCUCGACACACCUCUGUCCCCUAUGAGCAAGCAGAGUUCAUCGUACUCCGACCGGGACACCACAGAAGACGACUCAGAGUCUCUGGAGGACAUGGAUUUCUUAAGCAGACAAAAGAAAUUGCAGGCUGAGGCCAAACUUGCUUUGGCCAUGGCUAAACCCAUGGCCAAGAUGCAGGUGGAGGUGGAGAAACAGAACCGCAAAAAGUCACCAGUGGCAGAUCUGGUAACUUCCCACAUGCCCCACAUCAGUGAGUGUCUGAUGAAGAGGAGCCUUAAGCCCACAGAUCUGCGAGAUAUGACCCUGGGUCAGCUACAGGUCAUCGUCAAUGACCUCCACUCACAGAUUGAAACCCUGAAUGAGGAGCUCGUGCAGCUACUGCUGAUUAGAGAUGAGCUUCACAUGGAGCAGGAUGCUAUGCUAGUCGACAUCGAAGACCUGACUAGGCAUGCUGAAAGUCAGCAAAAGCACAUGGCUGAGAAGACACUUUCCAAAUAAUCCCUGCUGUCAUCACCCACAACCUUCCACCAUCAUGGCUUCGAUUAAAGAGAAGAGCCACUUUUCUUUUGCUUCUGUGGAUGUACAAAUACAAAUGACGGAGCACUUCCUGACCGCAGAAAAACUCAAAUGUGUCUCAGUACUGAAAUACUGUUCCUGGCUUUCUGUGCAGUGAUUGGCCUUGCUUCUUAAUAGUCCUUAAUUUUAACUUUUUACAUUUGCCAGCAAAAUAUAUCUGUCAAAUUUACCAAAAAAUAUAUAAAAGAUAUAGUAUGAAAAUUAGUAGAGAGUCAGACAUAAAAAUGAAAAAAAAUAAAAAAAAGACCUCACUGUAUAAAGAAAACAAACUUAACUGCUGACAAUUUUAAGUUGGACAGUAUUUUUGGCCUGUUUUAUUCUGCACAACUGGUAGUUUUGAACUGAAACUUUUGAUUUGAAGGUGCUAAACGUCUAAAAAGGAAACAUGCCUGCCUUGUAGUCGAGUCGUAGCUUUUGGUAAUAUGUUCACACUGAUCGGUAUUCAACAUUUUGUGAAUGUUGAUCCUCUGACACGAGUCAUUUUAAAUAAGUGUGUUAAUAUCAUUUUCAUCCUAUUGUAUUCAGAUUCUUUAUUUGAGGGAAGAAAUGUUUAUGUACAAAUAUGUAAAAUAAAAGAAUAAAAACUUUGUUUCAUAUA